GAAGUUUCUUUUUUAAAGGCAAUCCUUUUAAAAUUGUUUGAAGAUUUAGGUUCUUUAGAUUUCUCAAAUAUAAACCCAUGAUGUUUUAAAAAAGUGCAAUAAACAAUUAUCACUCAUUACUUCCAACACAAAUGUUUGAAUAAAAUUAUGUCUAUUAUAAAAUUUACGUUUUCUUUAGUUAUUUUAUUGUAUACUAUAACUUUCAGUUAUUGAUGAAAAAAAAGUCCAUUUACUGACAAAAUUGUUACUACAUUGUUACAGCAAGUGUCCUAACUUCGGAGCUCAGCUGCGAUAGCUUUCUCAUCCAACGAUCUCUGUAAUCUCAGUUCAGUUGAAUUCGUAGUGUAUGAUGAAGCAGUGCUCUCUUUUGAGGGAAGUUGACACAUGAUAGUGUCUUGUUACACUUAUUGUUAGGUUUCCUAACAAGAUGAGUGGAUUUAAAGACUUGAAUUGCUCUUGAGAACCCUAAAACCAUGGGUUCACAGACUUUAGAAAUAUUAAGGCAAGGAGUAUGGGCAUCUUUUACUGGAGGGUGGUAUUAUGACCCACAUCAAAGCAUUUUCUGCAAUACAUUUCACCUUUAUCUUUGGUUAUUCCUAUUGUGCUUGCCUUUUUCCAUAUACCUUUAUUUACCACCUUCUAUCAUUUAUUGGGGUGGUUAUUGCACAAGUGUUGCCAUUCUUUUCACAAUCAUCAAACUUAUUAAUUUCUCACUUCACCGUAUGUUUGACAAACCGGAAUGUGUAGUAGAAGAGCAAAUUGAUGAUAAAGACCUCAGAAAACAUCAACCUCAUCAUACAAGUACUCCGCUUAAUCCACCAAGGGAAGAAGAAGGGAUUGAAAUGCAGGUAUUAAAUACUAAAAGAUUAAGUAUUGCUGGCACUAGUGCUACGCCUGAAUGUAGUCCUCCUGCUUCAUCAGUGACAGAUAGCAAUGAUAUUGCUGCUCAACAUUUAGCUAGUACCAUUGAUCUCAAAGUUGAUGUUCAUAGAAAAAAUAGUUCUGAAAGCAGUGAUGGCCUUUGCAGCUGUAAUCUUAGAAAAGAAUUAGUGGCGAGCACCAGUUGGAUGAAUGCUGGUAGCAGCAGAUCUCUUAGUCAAGUUUCAUUACAUCGUAACUUGAGUGGAGCAAUGAGUUUAUGUGGAGGAAUUGGAAUAUUGGAAGGAGCGGAGGGAGGUGAUAUAUUUGAUGAAGAUAGAAGGUUUCAUCAUCGUCCCAAAAAAAGAAGGGGACGCCAACGACUUGCUGGCAGAAGAGCUAGACUACCACGCUGUAGUGUUGAUGAAGAAUAUGACGGGGAGACAUUGAGUCCCAGUGGUCUUGAUUGGCUUUUUCACAACACUGAUAGCGAAAAUGAACGUCAUCAUCAUUAUGAGUCACGGCAAACUGGGCUUUGGAGUUUCACAUUUUCUGAUGACACACUCUCAGACACCUCCCUUAGUUUAUUAGAUCAUCCUCCUCCGGAAGAAGAGGAGGAUGGUGAAUCACCCCCUCCUCAGUUGAAAACGCCACCGCAGGAGCAAUGCAUUAUUUCUAAAACUUUAAGCACACCAGGUGUGAGUGGUGAAUGCAGUAAACCUGAUGAUGUUAAUAACAACAAUAACAAAAAGGCUGAACUUAGCUGCCUACUUCCUGCCCAGCCAUCUGUCCCUCCAUCCAGGUUAAGCCCCGUAUUACCAGUUGUUCCUGGAUCUUCAUCAGCUGCCCUAUCUACUUUGCAUCAGUUGACACAAGCUCCUGGUGGAGGAUUUAUCCUUCAGUCUUUGGCCCCUCGCGUUUCUUCCCAGCCUAUCACUUUGUUCUCUCCUCAACAACAAAUAUCUCAUGAAAAUCAUCUUGAAGCCCCACAAGCUCCAUCUAGAUCUGUUAUUCAUUUCAUGGAUUCAGUUGAGUCUCCGAAAGCACCUAGAAGAUAUUACAGGUAUUCUUGGUGCCCUUAUAUUAAGGUGAGGUUCGAUCGCCUGACCCUACUUGCAGUACUUGAUAGAGAUCUUAGCUAUGCUGAAACAUGGUUUAGCAUUCUUCUUGCUAGCAGUGUCAGUAUUCUCGGUUCCUAUAUUCUAUAUUUGCAAUUAUAUAAAGAUCUUCAAGCAUUUAUUCUCUGCUUUGUUAUGGCUGGUAGCCAAUAUUCCCUCCUUAAAUCCGUUCAGCCUGAUACGGCCUCUCCUACACAUGGCUAUAAUCGAAUAGUUGUAUUUUCAAGGCCGGUCUAUUUUGUAAUUGUUGCCUCUCUUAUACUGCUGUGUCACUUAAAUAUGCCUAAAUCAUCAGUUCCUGUUACUAUUUAUGGCCUAACUCUCCGAAUGUCUAACAUUUCUGUUUUGCUUAGGGAUUUUUUACUUAUUUUUCUGUUGUGUUUUCCAUUACUUUUUGGUUUAGGACUUUAUCCUCAGAUUAAUACAUUUGCAAUGCAUUUGUUGGAACAAAUCGACAUGCACGUUUUUGGUGGGAAUGCUACGUGUAGUCUGUGGAGUGCAGUUUAUUGUGUUUUCAGAAGUGUUGUAGCUGUACUUUUUCUUUAUGGCUUUGCUUAUGGUGGUCUUAGUGAAGAAAAAACUUCUCAGCGAAUACUUUUUUCAAUAUAUUGUGGUUUAUUGGUUGCGACAAGUUACCAUCUGAGCAGAAGUUCUAGUGAACCCGGGCCUAUUUUAAAUAUCCUUAAAGCUCAUAUAUGGGUAGUAGAUGAGGAACUGCCAAAAGUAGAAGAAGCUAAAGAAGAUCCCGAAGAAGACCCUCUUCCUCGAAAAUUGCAGGAGACAGUUAACACGAGACUGAAAUCAGAUCUGCUUGUUUGUACUGUCAUAGCACUGAUAGUGUUUGGUAUUCAUUGCAGCUCAGUUUUUACUGCUCUCCAACCGGAACUGAAUCCAGUUAUAGGCAGUGUGGCCAUUGCAAUGGGUUUUAUUCUACAUUAUAUUAUACCUCAAUUAAGGAAACAACUUCCUUGGCUUUGUUUAGCCCGUCCUGUCCUGAGACAUUCUCAUCAAAGUCAUUUUGAGCCUCACCAUCCUCCAACAGUUAUGUGGUUCGAAAAGUUAUUUGUCUGGCUGUGCACAGUUGAAUCAAAUAUUGUUUAUCCAGUUUUGAUGCUUGCACGCCUUAGUUCAGACUCAGCUGUUUUAUCCGAGAUGUUUGGACCUGCGAUCGCUUCACUGAUCAUAUCCAUUACAUCACUUAAACUGCUUCGAUCAUCUUUUUCUCAACCUGAUGACCAGUACCUCAUUCUUACUUUUGCUGUUUUGUUUUUUCAAGUCGAUUAUCCUUCCAUUGGUCAUACUUUUCUGAUAGAUUAUUUCAUCACAGCUAUUAUCUACAAUAAAACUUAUGAAUUUUUGCUCAAAGUCCAGUUUGUUGUAACUUAUAUCGCACCUUGGCAAAUCACUUGGGGAUCUGCUUUUCAUGCGUUUGCACAACCUUUUUCUGUUCCACACUCAGCGAUGACCUUUCUCCAAGCAGGGCUUUCUGCUCUAGUAUCAGCUCCUCUCAAUCCAUUCUUAGGUAGUGCAAUUUUUUUGAGUUCAUAUGUAAGGCCAGUCAAGUUUUGGGAAAGAGAUUAUAAUACCAGAAGGGUUGACCAUUCCAAUACACGGCUAUGUUCUCAUUUAGAUAGAAAUUUGGGUGCUGAUGAUAAUAACCUUAAUUCUAUCUUUUACGAACAUCUUACUCAUUCACUUCAGCACUCACUUUGUGGAGAUAUAAUCCUAGGUCGUUGGGGCAUCGUCAGACAAGGUGACUGUUUUGUGCUUGCAUCCGAUUAUUUGAAUUGUCUUGUUCACAUAAUUGAAAUUGGCAAUGGUCUAAUUACCUUUCAAAUGAGAGGUUUAGAAUUUCGGGGCACCUACUGCCAGCAACGUGAAGUUGAAGCAAUUUCUGAAGGUGUAGAAGAAAAUCAAGGAUGGUGCUGUUGUGAGCCAGGACAUCUUCCUCAUUUGUUGAGCUUAAAUGCAAGUUUUUCUUUACGAUGGCUGGCAUGGCAAGUUACUGCUGCUAGUUAUAUCUUAGAAGGCUAUUCAAUAUCAGACAAUUCAGCUAUAUCUAUGCUUCAAGUUUUUGACUUCAGAAAAGUUUUAGUCACAUAUUAUGUAAAGAGUAUAAUAUACUAUGCUGUUGGUUCGGAAAGGCUGGAAACAUGGCUGGAAAGCUCCGUGAUUUUGGAGGCACUUCGUCCUACUUUAGAUAAAAAUUUUAUUGAACUUGAUCCGGUUUUCACUCCUAACAUAGAUGAAGAUUAUGAUCUCCGUAUCAGAGGAAUUAAUAGAGAUUCAUUUACUGCAGCGUAUCUUGAUUGGAUCCAGUUUUGUAAUGAUAAAAGAGAAAAGAAAUUGCGAGAUGUAGGAAAGGAUUCUACUCUAGUUUCAUUGUGUUUUGCAUUGAGCAUUCUCGGUAGAAGAACAUUGGGAGCAGCCUCACAUAAUACAAUCUCUAGUGUAGAAUUUUUCCUCUAUGGCCUUCAUGCACUUUUCAAAGGUGACUUUAGAAUUACUUCUCCAAGAGACGAAUGGAUAUUUUCUGAUAUGGAACUUCUGAAAAGUGUUGUUGCCCCAGCUGUCAGAAUGUCAUUAAAACUUCAUCAGGAUCAUUUCAUGUCCCCGGAUGAGUAUGAUGAUCCUGCUACUCUUCAUGCUGCCAUCACAGAACAUCGGCAGAAAUUAGUGAUAUCCCAUGAAGGGGAUCCAGUUUGGAGAGCUGCGGUAUUAGCUGGUACCCCUUCACUUUUAGCUUUAAGGCAUGUUACUGAUGAUGGUGCAGAUGAGUAUAAAAUAAUCAUGCUGAAUAAACGCUUGCUUAGCUUUAGAGUCAUCAAGUUGAAUAGGGAAUGUGUUCGUGGUUUGUGGGCUGGUCAGCAACAAGAACUUGUCUAUUUACGUAAUACCAAUCCUGAAAGGGGUUCCAUCCAGAAUGCAAAGCAGGCUCUAAGAAAUAUCAUCAAUUCAUCCUGUGACCAGCCUAUUGGGUAUCCUAUCUUCGUAUCACCCCUGACAACAUCUUAUUCUGAUACUAACGCUCAGCUUCGCAGUAUUCUUCCUGGACCUAUCACCACAACUUCCAUUAAAAAAGCAGUCAUAAAACUUUGGACCAGGGUACGAAAAAGAUGCGUAGAAGGUUGUUCUAGUGGAGGCUCAAUGCACCAGGAUGAUAGCUGGUUUGGCAAUGAAGGCGUUUACGCUAUGACCACAUAUGCUAACAGGCAAUCUGGAGGUAUUAGUGGAUCCCUAGAGCGAGGUGGUGCAAGAGCUAGUAUGGCGUCAUCAGGUAAACCAUCACUGGGUUCUUUUGCUGGGCUUCUUUCCCCCCAAACUACGCAAGGGACUGAACCACCACCGCUUCAUCGUGUUAGGAUUGUUGAUCCCAAUCAAGUCUACGAUUGUAUUAAUUUAGGUCGUAGAAUUGAUGUAGUGUGGCCUGAUGAGCGAAUGAGGGGGCAAGGAGGACGUUCUUCCUGGGGCGAUUGGGUACCUCUUCCUGGAAUGGAAGGACAGGUUGUGCAUAAGUGGGUUCCCUGCCAUCGGGAAAUCACCAAGAGAUCACAUGUUGAUCGAACUAUACUACUCGUCAAAAUCGAUGAGAGGUAUGUCCCUAUUGCAGAAUCUGGUGUGAUAGACCUCGGUCCAGAUUUAUAGCAUCUGCUUCCAUCCUCAGCUUUGUAAAUACUGUUUUGUGAUCAUUACCUGUUAGUCUAGUUAUUUCAUGGUUUUAUUUCAUACAUUGUUGAUAUGUUUUAUUUGUUUUUCUAUUUUGUAUGUUUUUACCAUUGAACGAAUUUAUUAAAUUAAUUAUACCUAUAUAAAAAGUAGUGAAUCUUAUAUUGGAUUAAGUUAAACAUUGGCUUUAGCUGUUUGAGGAAUAAUUAAUUUUGAAACUAUGUAUUUAUUAUAUUUUUUAUUAGUCAUCGUUAUCUCUUUUUUUGUGAUAUGAUAUCUCUUUGUUUUCAUUUUUAGCCUUCACUAAAUAUAUUUCUAAUCGAUUAAGUUGAAGUAAUGAUAUUUUGAUUUAACUGGGUUCACUGUUGAAAUCAGCAUUGGUAAUCUUGUGAUUGCUCUUGGAAUGAAUUAUUUUUAUUCGCAGAUGAGAAUCUGACUUAUGUUCUGUAUUUUUAUUUUAUUUUUUUGUAUAUUUAAUUUUAUAUUAUUAUUGUAUAAUAAUUAAAGUGUUAUUGAAUAAAUGGCCUUCAAAAUGAAAAGGCAUUUUUUUAAAUGUCUUUAAUUGAUUUUGUACAAGCCAUUUUGUUUGCCUUAUAUUAGACUGAUUAUUAAAAUUUGUACAUAUUAUCUAGUUAUGCAUUGUACCAUAAAUUUGUGAAUAUUGUAAAUAUCAUUACAAUAAGAAAGUUGUAUGAAAAAAAUAUAUAUAUAUUAUUAAUAGAUACAAUAGGUUUAUUGUAUUAGUGAUUUGGGUAUAGGAACUUGGCUGUGCGUUUAAAGGCUUAUUGUCAAAAUCCCUUGCUAUAAGAAUUUUAAUCAUAUUUUACCAGUUGAGUGUUCUCUUUAUCAGUUUAAGUAUCAUAAUUUUUAUCAUGAUUCUGUUUAGCUCUCUAAGGAAGAUACCAUUUGCAAUUGAAAUUAAUGUAUUUCUGAAAACCUUUAGCUUGCUCAUAAAUUUAUGCAUUCUCAAUCUAAACAAUAUGUUUGUACAGAUACAUAUUUUUAAUUACCUUGGCUUAUAACAAUGUACUGUAAGCUGGUUUUAAUUUAUCUCUGAAGCGAAUUGCUUUUAAUUAUUAUAAAUUUCAAUUGAAAUAUUUGUAUAUGCUCAUGUUAUUGUAAUUUGUAAUCCUGAUGGAUUGAAUUUCGCAAUUAGUGCUUUGUGAUCUACUUCUUUUUGUUAGCAUUUUUAUUAUUAUUAUUUAUCCAUCUGAUAACUGGUUUAUAUUAUUAAUGUUUUUGUUUGUUUACUUAUAUUAUUAAAGUGUUUGUCUUGAUAUUUUGUGUAACAAUCAAUUAUAAUACUAAAGAAAAUUGAAAUUAAGAAACAAAUACAAUAGUAAUACUUAAGUUUUAUAAACAAUGUUGUAUUGGAUUUAAAUGUUGACAUAUUAAUCCUGUCUUAAAUAUUAUGAAAUGAGCAAAAACCAUAUUUUUUCAAUAAAUCAUUAUAAACAAA